AUGCCUAUGUCUUCUCUCUCAUCAGCUAUUUUGUCUCACAUGAUAGCCAUAAAUAAUGUGCCUCCUCCUCCACUCCGCAGUGUACCGGGCUUGAAAAUGUCUACGCACAUUGAUUACGGUCAGUUGAAUGCAUUAUGCAACAGGAGUGGACAGCAAAGCUGCGGGAGUGCUUGCAGUGUCCUAUCAGCUCACACUAGGUUUAUGAAGCAAUAUCCUAAAAUAUUUCUGAAGAAAAAAGUCAGACUGCCUAAACUUUUCAAACAGGAGGGAAAAAGAGAACCUAAAGGCACAGAAGAAAGUCAGCCCCAACAGUCUGAUGCUGAGUCUCAUAAUAUAGCUGUCUAUGUUAAAAAAGCACGAGGCGGCCAUACUUUAUAUGGACCCAAAAAAUACGAAGAGAAGUUAGAAGAAUUCCUGGCUAUCUUAAAGAAAUUGCCCAUGCGCAGGACGCUGCACGAACACAAAAUGGUAUGGAAGAUGCUGAAAACAAUUCCAGAUUUAACUUCCCAGCUAACUGACGAGGAUCUAAAAGCACUCAGCAAGAGUGUCACUUCCGAAACCUGGGUGAAAGGCAGCACAGUGGUUGGAAACGAUGGAUUUUAUGUAAUACUGAAAGGCCUGGCUCGACCUCAGACACAGGUGUAUAAGAAUCUGCUUGAAGAAAGUGAGUCGACAGCCACUUUUAUACCUCAGAGUUUCCACAGCUUUGUUUUCAGUGACAACUUAGAAAAUGUGGUACUUGCUGAGAUGCACACGCCUCCGUGCGACCCCAUGCUUAGACCAUGGAGCACCUUUGGAACCCUGGAAGUCUCAGCUCAGUUUCAGCUGGACCCGAGGGAGUUCUCAGUGGUGACGGAAGAAGACUGUGAAAUCCUCAAGAUCCCCGCAAAGAAUUACGCGAAGAUCAAAUUGGAAAAAACAAAAUUUGAAAAUAAGCAAAUAGUGAAGUUGAUUCGAAAGUGUCCAUACUACGAGGAGUGGCCCACUUUGUCCAUACACGAGCUGGUUCUGCUGAUCAGAUGGAGAAAGUUUCCUCCGGGUCAUGUGAUAGUGGAAAGUGGAAAUAUAAUUUCUUUCGUGGCUUUUAUUAAUUCUGGAUAUUGUAACAUUUAUAAACCUAUUGUUGGACUUGUGAAACUACAGUCAAAAAAAGUGAAAAAAAUUCGAAAACUUGUUUAUAUGGGUAAAGUUAAGGAGAUGGAGUCCUUUGGGGAAAUUAGCGUUCUUCUUCGAGUUCCUUUCACAUGCACUGUAGUUACCGGAAAUGAGGUUGAGAUGGCAGUCAUUGAAGAUAAGGACCUGUUUGUAAAAGGACUGUCGCUGAAGGUGCUCGUUCCCAUUGCUGGUACCCGCUUCAGCCCGCUCCGGAUUGCUGCGCCGGCGUCCUGCUUGGAGGCCGCGGCCUCGCUGUCUCCUGAGCACCAAGAGGCUUAG